ACUCCGUGCCCAGACCCAGUAGCCGGGACUCGGGCCGGGGCCUCGCCUCACACCCGGGCGGCAGGAAUGCUCAGUUCCCAGGGCGGUGCUGCGCUCCGUACCCGGGGACUCGGCACAGGGAGGGCAGGUGCGGCCCCGCCCCGCACCCCACGGCGACCCCGUGCCCGUGGGUGAGGCGCCAGGCUGGGGCAUGGACAGGUCCAGGCCUGGGACGGCAGAGGAGCCCUCGGUCUGGAGCUGAGCCCGCCGAGGAGGGGCUGGCCCCGCCGGCAGGGGUCGCCGGAGCCACUCCUGAAGUCCGGGUCUGCUCAGGCCAGGAGCGCGGCAGGUCGGACGCGGGCGGGGACCUCGGACACACUGAGGAGUGCAGCCGCAGGCCGCGGAGGCGGGAGCGGACUUCAGGAGUGUGGGACCUAGCAGGGGCCGGGCUCUGGCAGCCGGCAGCCCCUGGACUCCCGGGGACGGCAGCCAGCCCAUGCUGGUGAGCCUUGAACAGAGCCUUUCUCUUGCCAUCUGUAAGGUGGAAAUUUGAAUUAAAAGGCAUAUGCUGCCAUUAUCUGCUUCUAUGACUUUGGUUUUUCACCAAUUCUUCCAGAACAUCUAAAGAUCUUCUCGAACGGCGUUGUUCUGCAGCAAAGCAAACGGUGCCGGUGGUGUUGUCUCCUGGACCUUCUGAUUUCCCGUUGCAAAACCGAGAGGACUCCCAGACCGCUGCCAUGUCUGUCUCCAGUCUGCCAUGGCUGAAGAAAAAGUCGCAGUCGGUGGACAUGACCGCUCCAGGGUUCAGGCCCUUGGCAGGGGCGGGGAAGCCAGCGCCCCAGGUCGGGAAGGCUGCAGCGCCCAAGACUCCCACCAUCGAGGAGGAGCAGCAGAACACGGCCAAUGCCCAGCACCAGCCACCGCGCCGGAGCGGGCUGCAGAGGUUCUACACCAUCGACACUGGCCAAAAGAAGAACCUAGAAAAGAAAGAUGGGAGACGAAUGUCUUUUCAGAAACCUAAAGGGACUCUUGAGUACACUGUUGAAUCAAGAGAUUCCUUGAAUAGCAUAGCCCUGAAAUUUGAUACAACACCCAAUGAACUUGUUCAGUUAAAUAAGUUAUUCUCCCGAUCAGUCGUGACUGGACAGGUUUUGUAUGUUCCUGACCCUGAAUAUGUCUCCAGUGCUGAGAGCUCUCCAUCUCUAAGCCCUAUAAGUCCUCUGUCCCCAACGUCAUCUGAGGCUGAAUUUGAUAAGACCGCUAAUCUUGAUGCAGUCCAUCCAAAAGAAGCAACUCCUUCAUCUACACUUACUGGUAUUCGGCUAGCACAGGUUGUAUCUUCAACUUCUGAAGAAGAGGAAGCAUUUACUGAGAAAUUUCUUAAAAUUAAUUGCAAAUACAUUACUGUUGGCAAGGGCACAGUCAGUGGUGUGCUGCUGGUUACACCAAACAACAUCAUGUUCGAUCCACAUAAGGCCGACCCUUUGGUCCAGGAGAACGGCUGUGAGGAAUAUGGCAUCAUGUGUCCCAUGGAGGAGGUGAUGUCGGCCGCAAUGUGCAGAGACAUUCUGGACAGCGAAGUAAAGGAGUCUUUCCCCGGAGAAAUAGAUCUGUUAUCAGGAAAGGACUUCUGCCAUUUAAAGAAAAUAAAAGAAAUGAAUACCAAGGAAAUAGACUUGAGAACUCGUGAUGCAGGUAUUGACAGUGCCAGCACUGCUCCCCGAAGCAUGGAGGAGGGUCUCUCUGAGGAUGUGUUCAUGGAGUCAGAGCUCUCUGCCAUCCGAGAGGAGCAUGUCUCUUCCGAUAAAUCAUCUGGGACAUCCUCAGACUCUGUACAAACUGUCUGUCAGACUGAGGUAGGAGGAUUGACAGCCCAGCCAGAGUCUAGUAAUCCUCCUGCUCACUUAAAAGCCAACACUGGACAUUCUGCCAAGGGAGUUGGGGCUGUGUCUAAUGAAAGAGAUUUAAGUCAUCUUGAAAUGGCCUCUCAGGAUGGAGAGCGGGUAAUGGAUAAGCUUCAGGAAGCAUCAGGCCCUACGGAAGCAAGCCCAAUCGUCAAAGGUCACACAGACCAGGGUCCUUUGCCUCAUGAGCAUUCGCUACAGCAAGACAGAGGUGGAAGAGAAAACUUGUCUUGUGGAGAAGCAACAGAAUUUGAACAAAAGCAAACUAUUGACAAAGGCCAGGAAGGAAAGGAGCAAAGUUGGAACUCAGAGACAGAGGUCGAAGAGCUGCGCAAACUCUGGAAAACUCACACUAUGCAGCAGACUAAACAGCACAGGGAAAAUAUUCAGCAGGUCUCACAAAAAGAGAUGAAGCAUAAGACUGCAUCUACUGAUGGACAUGUAGAAGGUUCUGCAGCUCCAGAGGAAAAGAGGAGGCAUCGAUUGCAUAAAUUCUUAUGUCUCAGGGUUGGAAAACCAAUGAGGAAGACAUUCGUGUCUCAAGCAAGUGCUACCAUGCAGCAGUAUGCGCAGAGAGACAAGAAACAUGAGUACUGGUUCGCCGUGCCUCAGGAAAGGACAGACCACUUGUAUGCCUUCUUCAUUCAGUGGAGCCCAGAAAUCUAUGCAGAAGACAUUGGCGAGUACACCAGAGAACCUGGGUUCAUAGUAGUAAAAAAGACCGAGGAGUCUGAAACAAAUGAGGAUCCUACUAGUCAAGCAGCAGCCAGAGACUGGGAGGUAGUGUCAGUGGCUGAGUAUCACCGCAGGAUCGAUGCUCUAAAUACUGAAGAACUUCGCACUCUCUGCAGACGUCUCCAGAUCACCACCAGGGAAGACAUCAGCUCAAAGCAGGCGGCUCCCGCAAAAGCAGAGCUGGAGUCUGAAUCUUUCCGACCCAACCUCAGUGACCCCAGCGAGCUCCUGCAGCCAGACCAUAUCGAGAAGCUCACCAAGCAUCUUCCACCAAGAACCAUUGGCUACCCGUGGACUCUGGUCUAUGGGACGGGCAAGCACGGCACCAGCCUGAAGACCCUCUACAGGGCAAUGGCGGGUCUGGACACCCCGGUGCUGCUGGUGAUCAAAGACAGUGACGGCCAGGUCUUUGGGGCAUUAGCAUCGGAGCCAUUCAAAGUGAGCGAUGGCUUUUAUGGGACGGGAGAGACCUUUGUGUUCACAUUCUGUCCAGAGUUUGAGGUCUUUAAGUGGACGGGAGAUAAUAUGUUUUUUAUCAAAGGAGACAUGGAUUCAUUAGCUUUUGGUGGUGGAGGAGGAGAAUUUGCUCUUUGGCUUGAUGGAGAUCUCUACCAUGGAAGAAGCCAUUCUUGUAAAACAUUUGGGAAUCAUACACUUUCUAAAAAGGAAGACUUCUUUAUCCAAGACAUUGAAAUCUGGUCUUUUGAAUAAGUACAGUGCUGUCUCUCUGAGCAGGAUAAUGGCCCAAACCUGACAUGGACAGGCACUGUUUGGAAUGUUCAAGAAGCAAUACAAUGUAACAACGUUUCACUCGUGCUUUAAAAUUAGUCUGUCACCAUUUCUUACAGCUAUAAUUUUGGAGUUUAUUUUUCCAGUCACGUUCCUGUCCCAGAGUUCCUUAGGGUUAGCCUAUGGCAGGGUCCACACUGAGUGAUAGCUUUUUCGUCUGAAUUUUGACAGCAUUUUGAUCAUAGUGACCACUUUGUUUUCAAUCCAUGCUUUCUCAGUCUUCUGAUAGGAUGGUGCUCUUCUGUUGAUCCCAGUUUUAAAAUUCCAUUGUUUGUGUUACUAGAACAGUGUAAUGCGGGCACUGAGGGAAUGACACCUUCCUCCACGUGAGGUGUCACGGGUGACGUGUGGAGCUGCUCACCUGCUCUUACGAAAGAGGAACCAACCGCAUGCCGAAAGAACACACACUUCACAGACCACUGAGUUCUAGUUUCGAUUCACACUAUAACAUUCUCUUUCUUAAUUUUGCACGUACUCUCCAUUUCAUUUUAAGAAAAUGGAAUUUGAGGAGAAUUCCGAUUGUAAGAGUACAGCAGUGCACAUGAUCUGCAGGUUUGGGCUCAUGCUUUCAUCAUUGGCUCCUCAGAUAAAGAGCUCAAAUUGACAAAGGAGAACGAGAACUUAAUGAUUCUAUUGGAUUUAGUAUAUUAAGCAAGAAAUUCUAGUAUUUACUAUUUAUAGCUUAAUAGGGCAUUAUCAUAAAUACACAGACCACACAUGGAUGCAUCAGCUGCAUAUUUCUCAACUUACUGUGUCAGGUAUACUGUUUUAUAGUUUAAUUGUUUUAGCCUUGUUGCACACCAGCCCCUAAAAUAUAGGCUUUUUUCUGUUCAAAAGGAAAAAAGUGUUUUUCUUUUUUUAGUGGUAUAUGUUACUUUCAUUAGUAUUUGCUCUUACAAAGGGCAGUGAUUGUAGUAGACAAUAUUGUAGCUCAGUAGACUUGGUGAAUAUGCAAACUUACUGUCAAGUGACCUCAAAAAAAUGAAAAGAUAGAAUACACUAGUAGUUCUUAUCCUCUUUUGUAGGAAACCAAUAAUAAGCCAUUGUGGCAAUAAUUCGUCAGUUAAAUUUCAAAGCUUCAUGUGACGCAAAAAGAAAAAACCAAAAAAACCCCUGCUGUUAUUCAUGUGACAGUGACUUUGUGCUGAGAUUUCAGCAAUUCCAGAUAAACAUGUAUAUCUUGUAAAUUAAUGUUUAAAGUAGUUUCGUUCUUACAGAAAGUGUUGAUUGCCAGGUUGCUUAUAGCACUUUAUUCUGAAAAUGAAAUUAUAAGCCAAAUAUGUUGGCUUACAUAGUUUUAGUUGAAAAAUACUUAAAUAUAUUUGGUGAGAUGAUAAUAAUCUAAAGAAAGCAUAAUACUAAUCAGAAGCAGACCCAGUAUUCUGCUAAGAUGCUAGGGCUGCAUAUGGAUAGAGACACAGGGCGUUCCUUCCUUGGCUCUGUAAUGCUCUCGUUAUAAGUUAAUAACCGUGUAUAGAUUACAUGUUUACAGCAUAGGGAAUUGUAAAUAAAUACAUCAGGUUUUUUCUCCCUUUGGUCUUCCACAGCAGUAUUAUUGUCUUUGUGGAGUUGACUAAUCAUAAAAUAAAAUUUUAAAAAUCCCGUAAUGGAUUUCAAUUACAA